GAGUGCCCCCCCAAAAGAGGCCUGCAUGAAAUGAAAAUUAAGAUGAAAAUCUGAGAGAUCCUACAUAUUCAUAUACACUAGCUGUGUCAUCUGUUCAUCCCGGUUUUGUGAUUAGUGUUGGCUUGUUUGAACUGGACACAUACUGUAUGAGCACAUCACUGCUUGACAACCAAACAGAUGUGUGCGUUUACAGAAGGAUUACCCAUUAACAAAGGUCUACUUUGAGAACGUACAGUAUCUGGUCCGGGCACUGUGCACAUUUUGUCUGAGCUUGCUGUUCCAUCUUUCUGCACAAAAUACCGAGGUUAUUAUUAUAUUGGACUGAGGAACAGCCAUGAAGAGUACAGUAGUGUUUUGUAUUGUACUUCUGAGGUGCACUAUCACAUUUCAAGAAAAAGGCAAGAUGGAGGGCAAGAUGUUUUCUUUCCCUGAGGAGCACAGCACAUCUUUUGUGAAGCUGAAACCUCUGGUGUCCAAGAACCUGACCUCUGCCAGCGUGUGCUUGCGUUUCUACACAGACCAGGUGGAUGGCCAGGUGUCUGCCUUCUUCUCCCUCAGCGCCCCCGGCCAGCCCUCUGCCUUCACCAUCCUCAGACACAUGCCCAGCCGCACCUACCCCCAGCAGUACGAACUGCACGUUGGAAACAAGCCCGUGUUCUUCAACGGCCUGGAGUACACCUUGAACAAGUGGAAUUCACUGUGCGCCACCUGGGACGGAAGCAGCGGGAUGGCCCAGGUGAACAUCAAUGGCAAACGCAGCGUCAGGAAGAUGACGAAAGCCGGCCUGUCCAUCGGUGAACGGCCCAGUAUUGUACUGGGGCGACACCAGGACGGCUAUGCAGAGGGCUUUGUGGGACACAUGACUGAUGUGCAUAUAUGGGACUAUGUGAUUCCAUCGUCUGAAAUUGACAACUACGGGGGCGGUGGGUUUGUGGCGUAUAAGGCAGGUAAUUAUCUAAACUGGAGUAAGGUCGAGUACACUGUAAAUGGCACUGUGCUGGUUGAAGGUAAGAUGUGAGUACUCUUGACCAGGUCACUGAUGAGUUAUUCUUGAAGAUGUAGGCCCAGAAAUAAAUAAAGGUGAACCAUCUUUUGAAAUGGAUAGAUGUUUUAAAACUGUGCGGUUCCACCUCAAUACCAGAAAUCACAGAGUGUUUAGGGGCCAAAACGUAAAAAAUCCAUUCAAAGGAAUAGUUCACUAUUUUUUUGAAAUAUGCACAUUGUACACCUCCAAUUGAUUUGAUUAAUUCUGGUGACACUCAUAGCAUCAUGUAACAUUGAACCGGGUGGUACCAAAAACUGGUACCAUUUAGUGCAAUGAUACAUGUUACUAAUAAGUAAUAGCACCAGAAUUAGAAAACGGCUGGAAGAACGGGGGAAGUUGCACCUGUUGCAGAGGCGGACUUUACAUGAGGCAAACCUAGGCAAUUUCCUUGGGCCCUGACCAAAUCUGCCCUCCAUAGGGGCCCCCAACUGUCACACCAGUUGCAAUAAACGCACAAAUAAAGUAAUUUAUAUACGAUAUAUACGUCAAAAUACUAAAAUGGCACCCUUGCCAUAAGAAAAUUGACAAUAAAGCUGACUUGACUUGACUUGACUUCCUCCUUCCAUGCCAAUUGGUGACGUGGUGACUUUUCAGGGCCCCAUGUUUAUAUUUCGCCUAGGGCCCCAAAAAUGGCUAGAUCCGCCCCUGGUUUGGAUCGGGGGGACAAUGACUGAAUGAAUGAAUGAGUCCGUCCAGUUCUAUAAUCCACAGUAAACAUUCAUACGGCGAAGCCACAAACAAACUUUGGUCAGCAGCAGAGCUGCGCCCUAGGUUAAUUAUGUGCACACCAGGCAGCGUCAUACAAGAGGAUGACACAUUUCCAAAAAUGGUCCUUGAACUACUUUUCAUUUUAAAUCAGUGGCUGGGCUGUAGCCAGGAAAUUCCUUAUUUGUCCCGAGGUGCGCCAGUUGAAUGCACAAAGGCCUGUUAAGAAGACGUUGAUUAUUAUAUCAUUGUAUUCAUCCAAACUGUAGUUCUGUCCUUGGUUCAUGUUAAAUAUUUGAUUGUUAUGUAGGCUAUGGGAAACUAAUAAAUCCUUUGUA